AUGCAAGAAGCCCUUGAAGAAGCUUACGUAAGGUUCCUAUAUAAUCUCCCUCUAGAAGAGCAAGAGCCCGAAAGGCUAAUGGUUAACAUGGAGCAAGCACACUGGCUUUACGAAGACGAGCUUGCCAAUAACAUUGACAUCCCAUCAUUAAAAUUUCACAAGUUCGUCAAAUACAUGAAAGACACAUUUAACAUCCUCCCAAACUACUCUACCAAAGAGCUUAUCGACAUUUAUGAAGACUACAAAGCACAGAUCCCAGUAAGAGGAGGAAUCCUAUUGAACUCUCAAAUGGACAAAGUUUUGCUCGUCACAAAUUACAACUGCAGAGUCUUUGGCUUUCCCAAAGGCAAAAUAAACGAAGAAGAAAGUGAUGAAGCAUGUGCAUUGAGAGAAGUCAAAGAAGAAGUCGGAUAUGACGCUUCACAUUUGCUAAACCCAAGCGAUUACUUACUCCCCCCCCCCCCUCCGUGAGCGAACAAAAAAAUUUUGUUCGCUCACGGAGGGGGGGUUAUUUUUUUUUUUUUAAAAAAAAUUUAUAUAUAAAUUUUAUAAAAAAUAUUUUUUUCGAAAUUUAAAAAAAUCCUAAUUUGCAAAAAUUGGGAAGCAAAUAUUAAUUUAAUUUGCAAAAUUUAUGUUUUAAAACGCAAUUUGUUUAAAAUUAAACAGAAUUAGCUCUAGAUUUCAUUAUACUAAUUAAUCACUUAUAUAUCAAAAUUUUUUUCCAUUAAAAUUUUUUCUAUUAAAAAAAUUUUUGUUCACUCACGGAGGGUGGGUUUUUGGUCAAAAAAUGGCGAUUUUUCUAAUGGUUUUGUUCGCUCACGGAGGGGGGGGGGGGGAGUUAGAGCUUCCUGGAGGACAUAUCAAACUUUAUAUUUUCCCAAAUGUCGCUGAAACUUAUAAAUUCGAAACUAACACAAAAGGUGAAAUUGGUCUAAUAGAAUGAAUUAAGCUUGACGACAUUCCAUCCAAAAAAAACAAAAAUUCAAACUUAUAUAGGAGCUACAAAUUCGGAAAAGUCCACGAAUUUUUGCCUGACCUAAGAAAGUGGAUUAAAAAUAAGAAAAGUGAAGAGCUUGUAGAAGUAAAAGAGGAAAGCUUAAAAAUCGAUUUCAAAUUCAACUCUUCAAGCUUGUCAGAUUUUAAAUUCAAAAUUUAUCGUCUGCAAGCUUUGCUUGACUAUUAUAUUCCACCUUUGUCAUAG